AUGGCUGCAGUACCUUUGAGUGAGCGAGAGCAACUCGCUUCACUUGUCGAACAAUGGAAUGAGAAUCGUUUGGAUCUAUUUCACCUGAGCUAUCCAACUGAGGAUCUCGAAAUCGAGGGCGUCAUGCGCUUCUACUUCCAGGAUGGUGGUGAGAGAGUGCUGACGAAGUGUGUCCGUGUAUCCAGUACAGCGACAACACGUGCCGUCGUGGAAGCGUUGACCGACAAGUUUCUGCCGGAUUUAAAAAUGCUUUCGGAUGACACCUAUAGUCUGUGGGAGUUUAUUUUGUAG